UGCAUGAUGCAGGCACGCUGUGCGACAUUUUUACACAGCUCCCAAUGAUCAAGAUCUGCGUACGGCGUACCGACAGUUUGAUAAGCACGGCAUGAGUCACGGUGUGCGCUUCGUGGAUCUAGCUGAGUUUAGCAGUAGACCGACUUGUCAAGGGGGUUAGAAUGGUCGUGGAUGAUAAAACAUCUUGAACCAGACCACCAAGCCACUCUAUCCCCAACAUGUCCCAAAAAGGAAGUCGGCUGGGUGACGUGCUCGCCCACAUCCUCGACCGUCGACGAUCGCGCAACCAACUGCGAAGCCUGACGACCGUCCCUCAGGGCACAGUCGACUUCUCCUCCAACGACUACCUCUCCCUGUCCUCUCAACCCACCAUACAACGAACGUUCCUGGCCCGACUGCAUGCAACAGUCGACUCCAACUCCAACUCCAACUCCAACCCUAACUCUAACUCAAGAGUCAAUGGCAUGUCCCCGCUCUUAGGCUCGGGCGGCUCCCGCCUGCUAGACGGCAACUCCCCGCUCGCCGAGUCCCUCGAGCGCACCAUCGCCGCCUUCCACCGCGCCCCGGCCGGCCUACUGUUCAACUCGGCCAUGGACGCCAACGUGGGCCUGUUCGCCUGCGUCCCGCAGCCGGGGGAUGUGGUUGUGUACGACGAGCUGAUCCACGCCAGCGUGCAUGACGGCAUGCGGCUGAGCCGGGCGGGCGGGAGGAUUCCGUUUGCACACAGUUGCGUUUGGGAAGAGGGGACGUCGCUGGAGGCCGUGUUGCAGUCUCUAUUGCAGGGCCCCGGGGGGGAUCUGUUCCGAUCCGGUGCGAGGAAUGUCUUCGUGGCUGUCGAGGGCCUGUACAGCAUGGACGGCGACGUGGCUCCGCUGGCGGAGAUCGUCGACUGUGUUGAGAGGAGUCUACCCGGUGGCAAUGGGUACAUCAUUGUCGACGAGGCGCAUUCCACCGGGAUCUUUGGCGACCGUGGUCGCGGGAUCGUCUGCGAGCUGGGCCUGGAGGAGCGCGUGUGGGCGCGCGUUCUCGGUUUUGGCAAGGCCAUGGGUUGUGCAGGAGGAAUCAUCCUCUGCUCACCCACCACCCGCACGUACCUUAUCAACUACGCCCGCACACUCAUCUACACCACCGCCAUGGCCUUCCCCUCCCUUGCGGGCAUCGAAACGACGUACAAGUUCCUCACGGCUGGACACGCCGAGCCCUUACAGAACCACUUACAUCACUUGAUCCAGGAGACACACAAGCUCCUCCGCGCACUGUGCUUCUCCCGCAAUCCGCCGCCAGACCUGCUCCGCGUCGCUGCGCCGGCCGCAGUAGAGCCUCGGUCGCCCAUCAUCCCCGUAUUCACCUCCCUCCCGCGUAGCUUAGCCCAGCACUGCCAGCAGAGCGGGUUCAUGGUGCGGCCCAUUGUCGCGCCGACUGUGCCGAGGGGGAGCGAGAGGAUAAGGGUUUGUCUUCAUGCCGGGAACACGGUGGAGCAGGUACGGGGCCUGGUUGCGGCGGUUGAGGCGUGGCUUGUUGCAUUUCUAGUUAUCUCCAUAUCCUAGAGCUAAAGACCGUCGGGAUCACUGGGACCACUCGAGGUACCCGGUACCUGAGGCAAGAAGGACCUAAUCCCCGGUUACGACUGCCCUAACGAG